UGCCUCCUCUCUUUUGACCGCCCCUUGACAAACUCUUGUUCCGCCGCCAUCCUCCAUCCAGGUCCCGGUCGUCUUCACCUCCUCCAGCCGCCAGACAUGAGCUUCACCGUGGAGGAGAGGGGAGCCCCCAACUCCCUGAGCUUCCGCCUGUUCUACAAAAAUGCAGAAGGAAAAUACAUCUCGCCAUUCCACGACAUACCGAUGUAUGCUGAUGAGAGCCAGAACAUCUUCCACAUGGUUGUUGAAGUGCCAAGAUGGACAAAUGCAAAGAUGGAGAUUGCUACCAAAGAACUCCUAAACCCGAUAAAGCAAGAUGUGAAGAAGGGCAAGCUGCGAUAUGUCGCCAAUGUUUUCCCACAUAGAGGCUACAUAUGGAACUAUGGAGCCAUUCCCCAGACAUGGGAAGAUCCCACACACAAGGACGAAGACACUGACUGCUGUGGGGACAACGACCCCAUCGAUGUCUGUGAAAUCGGAAGCAAGGUGUGUUCCCGUGGGGAGGUAAUGAAAGUGAAGGUGCUCGGGGUCCUGGCCAUGAUCGAUGAGGGCGAGACUGAUUGGAAAGUGAUUGCGAUCAAUGUAGAGGACCCAGAAGCCAAAGACUUGAACAAUAUCAGUGACGUCCGGCGCCUGAAGCCCGGCUACCUGGAGGCCACGAUCGACUGGUUCAGGAGAUACAAAGUGCCUGAUGGGAAACCAGAGAACCGGUUCGCUUUCAAUGACGAGUUCAAAGACAAGGACUUUGCCAUUGAAGUUAUCAAGAGCACUCACACCUUCUGGAAGGACCUCAUCUCCAAACCGAGCAACGCUGGUGAACUGAACUGCAAAAACACCUGUGUCUCUGAAGGCGACAGCUGUCACUGCUGCUCAGCGGAUGAGGCGAAAGCUGCUGUUGAGAUGCAUCCUUUGGGAAAAGCAGAAAGUGUCCCCUCAUCAGUGGAUAAAUGGUUCUACUAUGAGAAGAAGUAAUCAGGAGCCUGUUUGGAUUGGACAAGGCUAAUUUCUCACAGGACUAGUUGAUUAUGGCCUUAUAUCAGGAACCAAUGGGACGGCAGGAUGGGUCAUGGGUGUCGGGUCUGCUGUUUUUCCAUGUAGAUGGAGAGAGGUAGUGAUUUCUGUAGAAGAAGAGAAAAGUUUUUUAAAAAACGCAACCAGGUCUUGACCAAUUAAUUUUCACUUAUUUAACAAAGAUCUCGUUGGAGAUGUGCUUUAAUAACAAAGUGCGUGUACUGAGCCGAGUAGACACUUGUGGCCUGUAUGAGAUAUGAACUGCUUUAAUAAAGCUUCGCUCGUUAAA